CCCUCCCAGCUGCUCGCCUGCCUGUGUGUGCUGCUGUGUUCCUGCAUCCUGGUAUCUCGGAGCCUCCAUCCUGUUCGCCAAGUGCCCGGACUGAAAACAGGAAGUUGAGUAUGAGCACAGCUGAAGACGAGUCUGGAUCAGUGAAAGUACAAAGCACAAGGAGCGCUCUCACACUCACACAGGAUCUGGAUGGAAAUUUAAUCCUCCAUUGUCCUCAAAAUGUGUCAGAACAUGACCAGAGCUUUGAGGUGACCAUGACAGCUACUACAGAGGUAACAGAAGAUGACAAUAAUGAAGACUCCAUAACUCAAAUUCAGAUUCUUCAGAACGAACAACUUGCAGACAUCUCUCCUGCAGGCAAUGAUGAGGUGUCAGCAGUCAGUCGUGCCUGGUUCACCAGCAAAGAAGACAAAGAUUCUCUCGCCAACAAAGGUCACAGAUGGAAACAAGGCAUGUGGUCUAAGGAGGAAAUUUCAAUUUUAAUGAGCAACAUUGAACGAUACCUGAAGUCUCACGGUAUUAAAGAUGCAACUGAAAUCAUUUUUGAGAUGUCCAAGGACGAGAGGAAAGAUUUCUACCGGACAAUAGCAUGGGGCUUGAACCGUCCUCUCUUUGCCGUGUACAGGAGAGUGCUUCGCAUGUAUGAUGACCGGAACCAUGUGGGAAAGUACACCCAUGCAGAAAUUGAAAGGCUGAGAGAGCUUCGUGUGAAGCAUGGGAAUGACUGGGCUACAAUAGGAGCUGCUCUGGGUCGCAGUGCCUCAUCAGUAAAGGAUCGCUGUCGGCUAAUGAAGGAAACAUGUAAAACAGGGAAAUGGACUGAUGAAGAGGAAAGGCGUUUAACAGAUGUUGUACAUGAACUUACUGGCACAGAGAAUGGCGAUAUAGUUACACAAGGGGUCUCCUGGGCUUCAGUGGCAGAACGAGUGGGAACACGCUCUGAAAAGCAGUGCCGCUCUAAGUGGUUGAAUUAUUUGAAUUGGAAACAAAGUGGUGGAACCCAGUGGACCAAAGAAGAUGAAAUCAACCUAAUUUUAAGAAUAGCAGAACUUGGCGUUUUGGAUGAAAAUGACAUUAACUGGGAUUUACUGGCAGAAGGCUGGAGCAGUGUUCGAUCUCCGCAGUGGCUCAGAAGUAAAUGGUGGACUGUCAAACGGCAGAUUGCAAACAACAAAGAUGUGUCCUUUCCUGUAUUAAUAAAAGGACUGAGACAGUUGCAUGAAAACCAAACUACUCUCUUGGGGGCUCAGGAGCUAGAGAACAAAGCGGACAUCCAGUCCCAGAGUGGGACCUCCGGUGUGCAGCAUGUGCAGAUACGAGUGGCUCAGCUGGAGGAGAGCCCAAGCCUAUUGCAGAUCCCUGUACAGAUCACCCACCUUUCCUCACCUGAACCCUCCUCUCCUAAUGCUGACCAAGACACUCUGUCUUCACGAACACUGCAGACAUUUGAGAUCCUACCAUCCUUUUAUUUACAGCCCAGCGGUACCUCAGGCACCUUCAUCCUACAGACAAGUUCUAGCCAAAGUCUUCCAUUAACACUGACAUCAAACCAAGGUGUGACCCUGACCUCAAACACCUCCCCAGCAUCACCAGAGCAGAUUAUUGUGCAUGCCUUAUCUCCUGAAAACCUUCUAAAUGCAAGUGAUAAUGUCACAGUCCACUGUCAUACACCAGGGAUUAUAAUUCGCACCUUGGCUUCUGAGGACAUCUCCUCCUCCCUUGCUCAGACUGAGCUUUCUGUUGAUUCUCACUUACAGCAAAAUGACUUACCCAGUUCCUCAAGCUCUCUGAAAGCAGACUGUCUUCCUCAGGAGAUGCACAAUACGGACAUAAGUGUCAACCAGGACUCUUUAUAUUGCACUGAGCAGUCCAUAAAUAUGGAGAAUAUGAAACUUGUACAUCAUCCUGGACCAACCACAGAGGACAUUUCAAGUGAAGACAUAAAGACAGAUGACAGUCAUAUUGACCUGACAGAAAACUACGUCAAAGAUCUUAGGCCUUCUGCCCUUGAAGAACACCUUGAUCAGCCCACUAUUGAAGGAACAGUGUUGAUUGUGCCAUCGUGCCACAGUUACAUACAAUCAGAUGAUAUUGAUGCAGAAUCGGUGCUUCCGCUUACCACGCUUGCAGAUCCAAUUUUGCAGCACCACAGGGACAGAGUUCACCGAAUGGACUCCUCAAUAGACGGACCAGAUUCCGAUGACUCAAAAGACAUUGAAGAUUUAUAACAUUCUUUGAAUAUGCAUUCCUAGCAGGCGGCUUAGACUUGCCUCACCUAUUCCACCCUCAUGCCUACAUGUUCAUCGCUACAGUUUGCUAUGGCACCAAAUGUGUUAUUUUACCACAACUAAAUUUGCACUAUAUUAUCACCAGCUUCUUUAGUCACAGUGUUGAAUUCCAGCUUUCCAGUGCCCUCUUCUCUCACCUGUAUUUUGGUUAAUUAGAGCAUGAGGGGGAAGAAGAAACCAGUCUUUAUCUGGCAAACAUAACAUUCCAGUUCUUUAUAAAAGUCAAGGUUUCUCAAUAUGGAUCCAAGUAUAACGUAUCUAAAAAUUCUGUACAAGGACCUUACACUAAAGGAUCUCUCCAGAACACUAAUACCAGACCAUGCAGGAGGACAAAUGACCUGGAGCUGUGGGCCAGAAGCAAUAGUUUCCAGGUGAAGCUGGACAUGGGUUACAGGGAUGAUUUUCUGUUUACAGAUGGAAGUGGUCAUUAAAGUACAGUACAUAAAAUAGUGCCAUAACCAAGGCGAUAUAAAAUGGUGCUAAUGUACAUAUCUGCUAUUUAUGGAGGUUAUUACAGUAUUUAAAAAGGAAUUUGCCUUUCAUUGUCCACAACAUGCCUUGUUGCCUUAUGUGUUUUCAUGAGGAGCAUUUACUGUACAAACUGAAAGCUAAAAGCGCAUGGAAAUCAAUUCAUCAUAGCUGACCCAGAUAUAACAUAGAACACAAACUGUUACAUGAGCAAAUAGAUGUCGCCAACCACUUCAAGUAGUUUUAUUAAAAGGCUCAGAAUGGUGUACAAUACAUCAUACUCAUUUUACCAGUCCUGCCAGUCCACUCUGAUGUUUUUCAGGCCCCCUUUGGGGGGGAGAAUCAGUGAUUGGCUGAGCGUUUAUUUCUUGUCAAGAAUGAACAGUAAUUAGAGACCAGCAUUGGAAUGGGGAUGAUGGGGGUAUUGGUAAAGUGAGUAAGGGCUCUUUCACACUUGCGUUAUAGUCUUCCGGCAUAGAGUUCCGUCGUCGGGGCUCUAUGCCGGAAGAAUACUGAUUGGACAGUCCGUCCUUCAAGAUGCAUCAGGA